GGUUUGUCUGCUACCAUGGACUACCAAGCAAAGAAGACCAAGAAGGGUUUUACCUCCCCCAUCCAGCUGGUGUUCUCGCGGUCGGGGCGGAGGCAGGCGGGGGCGGAGCGGGGGGGCGGGGUCUACCGCCGCCCCCUCCACACCCUCCCCCUCUACCCCCCCGACUACCUCAUCCACCCGGAGAGACUCAUCUUCGACUACGUGGAGAAGGAGGUCAAGUUCCUGGGUCACCUGACCUGGGUAUCCUGCUCCCUGAACCCCUCGAGCAGAGACGAGCUGCUGCAGCUGCUGGACACCGCCAGGCAGUUGAAGGUGCUCCCCCUGAAGACCAGCGCUGAGCAGGACUGCAUCCUGAGUCUGUCGGCCCGCUGCCUGCUGCUCACCUGGAGGGACAACGAGAAGCUGCUGCUCCGCAUGCCCACCCACGAGAUCGCUGCGGCCUCCUACCUGAGGGACGACGCCAUGCACCUGCUGGUGCUCAAGACAGGGCUCAACGUGGACACCAUGGUUGGGGACGACAGCCUGGAGCGGAGGACCCGUAGAGUCGAUGGGCGUCGCCAGACGGUCAGCUGCAACGCGGACCCGCGGCCAGCAGGGGGCACCAUGGAGCGCAGACACACCAUCUGUGGGGUUGACUGGAGGACCUCCCUCUCCGGGGCAACCAUGACAAGGAGAGGAGAGGAGGAGGAGCCGGAGGAGGAGGUGGAGCAGCAGCAGCAGCUGCAGCAGCAGCAGCAGCAGCAGCAGCAGCGGCAGCAGCAGCAGCGGGAGGAGCUGGGGGGGAGCAGGGGAGGAGGGGGGAGUCUGGAGAGGCGGCGGGUGGGGGGAGUCUGGAGAGGAGGCCGCCGCCUGCCGCGGAAGGCCGGGGGCUGGGAGACCCGGGGCGGCCGGCCCGUGAGCGGGAGCUGGGGGUGGGCGGGGGCGGGAGGGGGAGUGGGGGGGAGCUGGGAGAAGAGGGGGGUGGGGGGCAGCUGGGAGCGGCGGCAUGCCUGCACCGGGAGCUGGGAGCGGGGGAAGAGCUACGGCAGCUGGGAGCGGAGGAACCACAACCCGCUGGAGCCCACGCCCUGCCCUGACGCCUACUGCAACCUGGUGGUGCUGAGCACCGAGACCCGGGAUGCAGCAGAGGAGUACUGCUCCCUGAUCUGCCAGAUGUUCCAGAUCAUCUACGGCCACCAGACCAUUGAGUGUGUGGACAGGGCGGGCUUCCACUACACCAUGCCCCACCGCUAUUGGCUGCAGAGGAGUGACAGUUGUCUGACUGACAUGUCCUACAGCUAUGAUGCUGACUUCAGCUGCUGCAGCUCCUACGACGGAUCCCAGGACGCCUACGAUGUGUACUACAGUGAGUCGUACAGCGACACCUCCUCUCACCAUAGCAACGGCCCAGACUCCGACCCCGCCCUCAUGCUCAUGCACGACUACAUGCUAACCCUGCGCAGCCGCCUGGCCCCAGAGGAGCUGCAGCGCUUCGCCCUGCUGCUCAGGGAGUACCGUCUGGGCUCCUCCAUCAGCCUCUUCUGCUCCGACCUGCUGGAGCUCUACGGGGACACCCACAAGUUCCUCCUGCUGGGGAUGCGUGCGUUCAUCCCAGACAAGGACGUUGAGGUGUUUGAGAGUUUCCUCGAGAGCAUCGGCAUCAGGGAAGGCGGGAUUCUAACCGACAGCUUUGGACGCAUCAAGCGCAACCGGAGUGUGAUGGAAGCCCCGCCCACAGGGUGUGACAGCUACUCCCUGAUGUCCGGCUCCCAGGAUUUCAACCGACGCCUCAGUGACAUCACACACGACGUGGAGGCGCUCGGCUUCCAGGAAACACACGGAGACAUAGAAGAAGAAGACUACUACCUUUAAUAGAGACACAGAAGAAGAAGACUGCUACCUUUAUUAGAGACACAGAAGAGGAAGACUGCUACCUUUAAUAGAUACACAGAAGAAGAACACUACCUCACUAAAGAAAUAGAGAGACUACUGCUGCCUUCAAUAGACAGAGAGAGAGAGACUACUAUAUUGAAGAGAGAGAGAGAGAGAGAGAGAGAGAGAGAGAGAGAGAGAGAGAGAGAGAGAGAGAGAGAGAGAGAGAGAGAGAGGUAGAUAGACUAUUAGUCCUAAUAGAGAGUAGCAAUGUGUGUAUUUGUCACUCUGCGUAGACAACACUGUGCUAUGAGCCUGUGCGGUUCAUUGGAUGUCGAAGCUGGGCUGGUGCUGGUUGGUGGGGAUUAUUAUGGGAUAAAUAAGCUGGAGACAUUCCUUGAGAUGAUGUCAUCGUGCAGGGACAUCCACGAUGCCCUGUUGAUACACCUUUAAAGAAACAUCUCUCCAGCUGCACGUCAUCACACACACACACACACACACACACACACACACACACACACACACACACACUCAUGCACACGCACACACACACACAAACACGUCAGGAGCGUUUUACCACAUGAGGUUAUAUCGGGCAGUCCUUGGUGUUUGAUGGUCUCUGAAUGCAGAGGACAACAAUUUAACACGCAGUCAGAGCGACCCAGCUCCAGGAUGUAAUACCAUGUUUUCAUCGGCAGAGGGAGACACCAGACUCCAUGUUUUAAUUCACUACAACUCAAUGUUGAAAGAGCUUCAUCGGCAAGUCAAACAGGAUAAAGGUGAAAAUAGUCCAAAAAAACUUCCACAAAUGUAAGAUUAGAUAUGUACAGUAAAAAAUGAAAAAAUGAAACAGACGAAGAUGAUUAAUACUUUUAUAUGGAAGAGGUGAAAAGAUUGUUGUGAUAAUUAAAAAACACGAAUUGUCUGGAGUAAAUGUGUGUUCCUUUACGUACAGUUUGGAUAACGGCCAGAUGUUAAAGGCACCC